AUUUGGCGAGUGUUAGCAACUGUUUGCAGCACAACGCAAUGGAUGCAGCGCAACAGGCUCAUCUUUCAAGGAGAAUCAACAUCGGCAGAGAAAAGUUGUGUCGAGUUCCGGGUGACAGGGGUUCGACAGUUAAAGGCAAUAGCAAGGAGGGAUAAGUCGUGUCCCCAAACGGUAGAACAAGGCAGGUUGAUGGAGGACUGUAUC